UUGGAGCUAGCGCUCAGCCUGUGGGUCUGGGACCCGGCCAUGGAACGGUGGGUACCGGGGUGGGGCCAUCGGUAGGGAUUUGGUGCCAGUUUCUCGGAGUCCUUUUUAGGGUUCCCACCCCCGCCCCAAGAGGUAGUAUGGGAAGGGUCCAGAACAUCAGAGACCCUCAGAGUUAGGUCGGAGUUAAAAGAACACAUAGCAAACUGGACUGUUUCCUGCUGCCACCAAGGCGCUCUGCACAGUGGUGGAUACUUCUAAUGAAAUUUGGCACUCUUGAAGGUGUGGAAUGGGAGGGCUGGGGAGGACUUUUUUCCUUGUCGCUUUCGGGAGUGAGUGGGUGUGCAUCCAAGAGGCGCUACUGCUUUGCGCAAUUUUGGCGUUCUUCCGCGGCGUUCAGAUGCACCUUCCUGGGACUCCAGCACCGAAUGGUGUGGACACAGUUGAUUAGAGAGGUCGCAGGCGGGAACUGGAAUCGAGGCUCCCGUAUUCCAGAUCUUACAGGUGAACAAGGUGAUGUCCAUCUUGUUUUAUGUGAUAUUUCUUGCUUAUCUCCGUGGCAUCCAAGGCAACAGCAUGGAUCAAAGGAGUUUGCCGGAAGACUCUCUCAAUUCCCUCAUCAUCAAGCUGAUCCAGGCGGAUAUCUUGAAAAACAAGCUUUCCAAACAGAUGGUGGAUGUUAAGGAAAAUUACCAGAGCACCCUGCCCAAAGCAGAGGCACCCAGGGAACCAGAGCAGGGAGAGGCCACCAGGUCAGAGUUCCAGCCAAUGAUUGCAACGGACACAGAGCUACUACGGCAACAGAGACGCUACAAUUCGCCCCGGGUCCUGCUGAGUGACAGCACCCCUUUGGAGCCCCCUCCCUUAUACCUAAUGGAGGAUUAUGUGGGCAACCCGGUGGUAGCCAAUAGAACCUCACCACGGAGGAAACGCUAUGCAGAACAUAAGAGUCACCGAGGAGAGUACUCAGUGUGUGACAGUGAGAGCCUGUGGGUGACCGACAAGUCCUCAGCCAUUGACAUUCGGGGACACCAGGUCACAGUGCUGGGGGAGAUCAAAACCGGUAACUCUCCUGUGAAACAAUAUUUUUAUGAAACGAGAUGUAAAGAAGCCAGGCCGGUCAAAAACGGUUGCAGGGGGAUUGAUGACAAACACUGGAACUCUCAGUGCAAAACUUCGCAAACCUAUGUCCGAGCACUGACUUCAGAAAACAACAAACUCGUAGGCUGGCGCUGGAUACGAAUAGACACUUCCUGUGUGUGUGCCUUGUCGAGAAAAAUUGGAAGAACAUGAAUUGGCAUCUGUCCCCACAUAUAAAUUAUUACUUUAAAUUAUAUGAUAUGCAUGUAGCAUAUAAAUGUUUAUAUUGUUUUUAUAUAUUAUAAGUUGACCUUUAUUUAUUAAACUUCAGCAACCCUUACAGUAUAUAAGCUUUUUUCUCAAUAAAAUUCGUGUGCUUGCCUUCCCUCAGGCCUUUCCCAUCUGUUAACCUUGUUUUGUGAUUGGGCUCUCGGGAACCCUUCUGUAAAACCUGUGUACACCAGUAUUUGGCAUUCAGUAUUGUCAAGGCCAUGACUGUGGUUUCAGUAAACUUUCUUAAAAUCGGA